AUGGGGAAGCGCUAUUUCUGCGACUACUGUAACCGCUCUUUCCAGGACAACCUCCACAACAGGAAGAAGCACCUAAAUGGGGUUCAGCACCUUCGGGCCAAGAAAGUCUGGUAUGAUCUGUUUCGAGGUAAGAGGCUGCUUGGUAAGAAAGAAGAGCCCUUUGGUUGGAUCAGGCCUGUGGCUUAUCUGGUCCACCAUCCAGUGGCCAAGCAGAUGCUUAUUAGGGGAAGCCCGCAAACAGGACCUGAGAAUGACAGCACUCUCUUCCCACUUACAAGUCCCAGCAAAUGGUAUUCGGAGGCAUUUGCUGUCCCCGACAGAGGAUUUGGAACUCCCGAUUGUAAGCCUGGGUGGGAUUCUUGUGGGACGCCUCUUGCUUGCCCUAGUGGAUGUUUGGAGCAAGGCCCCUCACCUCAUUUUAUCCAUUAAGGUCCAUAAAUAGUGGUCCUGGGCCCUAAGGAGGUCAGAUUAGCCUCAACCAGAGCCAGGGCCUUUUCAACACUGGCUCUGGCCUGGUGGAACGCUCUGUCUCAUGAGACCAGGGCCCUGCAGGAUCUGAUUUCUUUCCGCAGGGCCUGUAAGACAGAGUUGUUCCGCCUGGCUUUUGGCUUGGAAUUAACUUGAUCCCCCCCCCUUUCUUUUUUCCUUUUUCCUUCUGUGAUGGAACUCCUGCUUGGGGACUUCCCUUGCUUUUUUCUGGCCCAUGUAGGACCAGUCUGGAUAGUUAGCCUUGGUGAAGACUUGACCUUUUCAUCCCCCAAAAAAGUUUUUGAGUUUCUGCUGAAAUGAGGCUGCAUUUUAAUGUUGUAUUUUAAUCUUGUUUUUAAGUUGUAUUUCAAUCAAUUGUUUUAUAUUUGGUGUUAGCCGCCCUGAGCCCGGUCUUGGCUGGGGAAGGCGGGGAAUAAAUAAAAAUAUUAUUAUUAUUAUUAUUAUUAUUAUUAUUAUUAUUAUCCUCUCCAUACUUUUAAGCAGAGGUUGGGUGGCCACCUGUCAUGGAUGCUUUAGUUGAGAUUGGACUAGAUUGGGGGUUGGACUAGAUGACCCUUGGGACCCUUUCCAAUUCUUUGCUUUUACGAUCCUUUGCCAUCUACAGAUAAUGCAACCAUCCUGCAGGAGGAGCAGAGUAAGAAGCCGUGCCGGGAAUUCCUGCUAUCGGGUAUGCUUUUCUUUUCAUUGGGCUCCUCCCGCCUCCAAGAAGCUGUUCUCAGGGGCAGGGAGAAGAGUAUCAAAUAUGGGGGGUGCCCUGCUGGAUCUGACCAAAGGCCUGUCUGGUCUAGAUUCCCAGUAAUAUCCAAGACAAUAUGAUGACAAAAUACAAUGAUACAAUAUCAAUAUACACUCUUUAUAUAAUAUGAAAUAUAUGAAAUCACAAACAGAAAACUUACGAAUCUCUGAAAGUCACAAAAUAUGCACUCUUGAUGGAUUCUCUUGAAAACAUAAAACCAAAUAAACAUAAGUCUUGUAAGUCUCUGAAAGUCUUUGAAGACUAUGCAAGUCUCUGAAAGAAGCAAUGUAUCAGAUUCUUAUCUGGUGAAAACAGGUUGUAAAGCUUUGUUUAUGGCGUCCUACGCUGCCGAAGUAGUUCGCAAACAGACAUUGUGAACAUUGAUUCCAGAUAUACCCACUGUUUUGUGAAAUUCUUCAGCACAGCAGAAGGAUACAGAAAUGCUUCAAAAACUAUAAAAGAAUAUUAAAACCAUGGCCUGCAUAUGCAUGGUAACUACAAUAAACUCAAAAUAUUAUGAACUAUACACAUAAACUAUAAUGUCAAAAUAAUGUGAAAUAACACCAAAGGUACAUAUGGUGAAUGGAAAAGUAUAACAACAAUUGCUAUGGAGCGGUGGUCAUAAAGUUAUGCAGUCACUGCUACUGACCGUAUGUUAUCAAAAAUAUAAAAAGCUGAUCCCAGGUGGUGCUCAUAACAGGGAGAUUGAGUUUAAAGGUACAGUGCAGUUACAGCCAGAAAAUAAAGAAUCAAAUCAAACAAUUGAGAUCCAAUUCAGAAUUAAGUCCUCCCAGAUGAAGUAUUUCAUAUUAUAUAAAGAGUGUAUAUUGAUAUCGUAUCAUUGUAUUUGGUCAUUGUGUUGCCAUGGAUAUUACUAACUACUGUUUGCAACACAGGGGUUAAAUUGUUUGGUUACCUGGUCUAGAUUCCCUGCAGCGGCCAAACAGAUAUUUCUCAGAAGCCUGCAAGAGGGGAGCAGCCCUGUCCCUCUGCUGUCGUCUCCUAGCAACUAGCGUUUAAAGAUAUACUGCCUCUGAACUUGGAGGUUCUAUUUGUCUAUCAGUAAGCCUCCAACGGGACACGGGUGGCGCUGUGGGUUAAACCACAGAGCCUAGGACUUGCCGAUCAGAAGGUUGGUGGUUCGAAUCCCUGCAACGGGGUGAGUUUCCGUUGCUUGGUCCCUGCUACUGCCACCCUUGCAGUUCAAAAGCACGUCAAAGUGCAAGUAGAUAAAUAGGUACCACUCCGGCGGGAAGGUAAACGGCGUUUCCGUGCUCUGCUCUGGUUCGCCAGAAGCGGCUUAGUCAUGCUGGCCACAUGUCCGAGCUGUACGCUGGCUCCCUCAGCCAGUAAAGCAAGAUGAGCGCCGCAACCCCAGAGUCUGCCACAACUGGGCCUAAUGGUCAGGGGUCCCUUUACCUUUAAGCCUCCAUGAAUUUGUCUUCCCACCCUUUUGAAACCGCUGAAGCUAGUAGCUGUCGCAGUGCAUUUAUUUCUCCCUAAUUUUUAAUUUGCGGCAGGUGGCAAUAGAUGCGGACUGUAAUAAAUAAUUGAAUUUGUUUGCUCAAAUGGUUAUAUAAAAAUCCCACGAAUGGAGUUUUGUACACAGGAAGGGCCAUACUGCCAGUAAUGGAAAGGGGGGGGGGUGAUGCAAGUUUUGACAAUUCUUGAAUGCUGUAAUAUCUCUUGGUCCUGCUGUGGUGGUGAGCUCCUUUGUUCCCCUGAAGCUGUGGUUUCGUUCUUUAAAAUUGUGCUUGCUUUGGAUCUCUCGGCAGGACGGUGUGAUUUCGGCCCCAACUGCAGGUUCUCCCACAUGACGGAGGAAGAUCUGGAGCAGCUCAGUGCUCAUGUGCAAGGUAAAUAGGGUCUGGAGAACGCAGGCACCCGUAGCCUUAACAGGGUGUGGGAUAAACACAAGGAAAAGUGCUUAUCCCUUCUGUAGACCCUGUGCAAAUCACUGUUAGGCUGCCUUUAAGUCAAGAGCAAGCUAGCAUCUCCUGUGUUGCAUUAUGCCUGCUAUGGCACUGAGGCUGGCUUCUUGCCAGAGCCUUGACUGCAGUCAUUGUGAUGGACAUCUUUCCCUAAACGCAGCCCCCCACUCCGCAGCCAACACUACAAAGUGGAGGCCAGGGAAGGCCAGAGAGAUCCGAGCAGCUGUUCCCAGCUCCUGUUGUGUUUGUUCACCAAUUAUACAGCUAUUGAUUAUCAAUGUAGGGUAAAUGGGCUGGGCAAAAGCAAAUAAUUGAAUCAGCUGGAGAGAGAGAGAAAGGCAACUCUCCGUCCCCAACUCCUCUGCUUGAUUCUGCAAAUCGAAACCUUUUUAAUUAAAGACUCUCCCCUGCAAAGACGACCCUGCUGCCUAGACUUCUGGCAUUUGGCAAGCCUGCCACAAUUGAUUUUUCGUUUCCCCACUGUGCAGAAAGGGGCACUCGGUUGGGGUUAAGCUUUCUUUGCUAUCUCCCUGGGAGUUCUGAGCAAGAUAAGCUGAACACACAAUGCUUUUUGGGGGGUGGGGGGCUCUUGGACGGGGGUGGGGAGCAAUGGCUGCAGCAUUUCUGUUUUAUGAAAGUUGUUGACAAUUUAACAAUUAUCCCAUUGUCUUUGGGGAAGGGCUGUAGCUCAAUGGUAGGGUGUCUAGCAAGCAGGAGGUCCCAGAUUCAAUCCCUGCCAGCAUCUCCAGGUAGACAUGAGAGAGGCGCCUGGCUGAAAUCCUGGAGAGCUGGUCAGUGUACACAAUACUGAGCUAGGUGGACUGAGUAUAAGGCAGCUUCCUAUGUAAGUAUGGAAAAGAGGCUAAAGUCAGGGGUGGUGGGGGCCUUGUCCAAGCCCCACUUUGAGGGGAAGCAAUAUGAAUUUCACUUGGACAGACUGGGGGUAAGCAAGAUGUUUUAUACCCUUCAAGUGUAGGGCCAGGCCAGGCACGACACAGGAGAUUUGUGAUUCAUUUCUUUUAAAAGCAUUUCCAUACCACUCGAUAGUUUGACAUCUCUAAGCGGUAUGCAUGGAGGCAACUUAAAAACAGUACAGUGGUACCUCGGGUUACAUACACUUCAGGUUACGUACGCUUCAGGUUACAGACUCCGCUAACCCAGAAAUAGUACCUCGGGUUAAGAACUUUGCUUCGGGAUGAGAACAGAAAUCGUGCUCCGGUGGCACGGUGGCAGCGGGCGGCCCCAUUAGCUAAAGUAGUGCUUCAGGUUAAGAACAGUUUCAGGUUAAGAACGGACCUCCGGAACGAAUUAAGUUCUUAACCUGAGGUACCACUGUAUUGUUGAAAACGGAGCUGCAACAUUUUCAAAAAGAACAAAGCAGCAUUAUUACAAACAAACAAAUCGGAAAUUCAGUAGUAACAGGGCCAGUUUUCUGGGUCAGGGAAAGCCUGGGCAAAAAGAUGUCUUUGCAAGGCAUAUGACACAAUGAGUGGAUGAUGGAUGGGCCAGGGCAUUUCACAACGGUAGAAAAUGCCUGUUUUUGGCUUCUCUCUUGAACCUAAACCAGAGAGGUUGUGGGAUGGAUGGCGGGGGGGGGGGCGGGGAGACUCUUCCAUGUUACCCGUUUCUGGCUCCUCCUCCUCCCUCUUUUCCCCCUUUCCCCGGCUGCACUCAUGAAUAUUCAGCAGGCUGGAAGAAUAAUUGGCUGCCACUGCCGAGCUGGCGCGAUCCUUCACUCUGCUGGAGUGGUGGCGGUGUUAAUUUCACACCCUGUCGGAAAAUGUUUAACAUUUUGCUUAAAAGCGUGACAUAUGGCACCGUCUUGGUUUGGAGCAGGUGGUUGGCAGGAGGGUGGGUGCUGCAGGAGGUGGGUGGGGGGUCCUCCGGGGUAGGUGCUAGGAGAUGCCUUUUUUGGAUUCUGUUCUGGAAUGGUUUCCUCUGGGGACUGGGCAGGGUGAUCUGAUCAUUAACAUGGGGAGCAGCGUUGUCCAAGUCCCUCUCUCCCUGCUUUCCCAUUGCGUUUUUUGGUAUUCAGGUGCCCCGAGGAAUCUGUGUUCUCGUUGCUGAUGAAUGGAACGUUUCCUCCCGACUGCCUCCUGCAAUCACUCAAGCUGUCUCUGGCUUAUUCUGCCUUCGGGCCCGUGAUUGCGCUGUUAAUGUCAACGAGCCAGGAUGUUUCCCCUCCCCGAAUAUGCAUUAAUGCACCAAAGCCGUAAAAAAGCAACAGCACAGGCCUCCUUUGAAAGGAGAAACUAUCCUGGGGAUGGGGCUUGCUUUGGCUCGCCAAGGCAAGAUUUCCAUGCCUGGCUUGCUUUGCAACGGGCAUCAGUGUGAGUCCCCUGUCCCUGCUCAGGGACGGAGGUUGAGAAUGCGAGUUCUGCCCCAGUCGUAACCGGGCGGCCGGGAAGCCACAGCUCCAAGCCCGCACAGGAUCCUGAGCCAAGGGUGUAGAAAUUCAGCCUGCGUGUAAGAAGAGGCUGGCUGCUGGAUCAGGCCAGCAUCCUGUUCUCACAGUGGCCAACCAGAUGCCUGUGGGAAGCCAGAAAACAGGCCCUGAGCACAGCUUCACUUUUCUCUCCUGUGAGUUUCAGCAACUGAUGUUUAGAAGCCUUGCUGCCUCUGACCAUUGAGGCAGAGCAAUAGCAAACAUGGCGUUUGCGGCAGCUAGGCUGGUGACUGGGAGCAGCUGCCGGGACCACAUAAUACUGGUCCUAAAGGAUCUGCACUGGCUCACCAUACGUUUCCGAGCACCAUUCAAAGUGUUGGUGCUGACCUUUAAAGCCCUAAACAGCCUCAGCCCAGUAUAUCUGCAGGAGCGUCUCCACCCCCAUCGUCCAGCCCGAACACUGAGGUCCAGCUCCGAGGGCCUUCUGGUGGUUCCCUCCCUGCGAGAAGUGAGGUUACAGGGAACCAGGCAGAGGGCCUUCUUGGUAGUGGCACCCGACCUGUAGAAUGCCCUCCAAUCAGAUGUCAAGGAGAUGAGUAACUAUAUUAUCUUCAGGACACAUCUGAAGGCUGCCCUGUAUAGGGAAUCUUUUUAAUGUGCGAUGUGCUAUUAUGUUUUUAUAUAAGAUGGAAGCUGCCCAAAAUGGCUGGGGCAACCCGGUCAGAUGGGUGGGGUACAAAUAAUAUAAUUAUUAUUAUUUACUGGAUUAGGCCAAUAGUCAAUCUAAUCCAGAUCCUGUUCUCACAGUGGCCAACCAAGUGCCUCUUCUGGCAAGCCUGCAAGCAAAGGCUCAAGUCCCUCCUGGAGUUUCCAGCAACUGUACUGCUCUCAACACAUAAACCGCAGAAUUUGAUCCCACAAGAUCUAGUACCCCUUUUUCCUAAUACAGUGGUACCUCGGGUUACAUACCCAGAAAUAGUACCUCGGAUUAAGAACUUUUCUUCAGGAUGAGAACAGAAAUUGUGCUCUGGCGGCACGGCAGCAGCAGCAGCAGCAGCAGCAGCAGGAGGCCCCAUUAGCUAAAGUGGUGCUUCAGGUUAAGAACAGUUUCAGGUUAAGAAUGGACCUCCAGUACUACUGUACUAGGACUUCCAACAACUUCAAACGUUGGAAAAUUUGGGACAGACAAAAGUGCUUCCUCACACAGUGACGAACUCAGUAACUCGGCUGCACCAAGCCAAGGCUGCGUCAAUACUUCAGGCAUCAAACCUGUUUCCAAAUCUCUUCCUCCUCCUCCUCCUCCUUCUUCUUCUUCUGCCUUGCAGUCAUGCCAUUGCUCCGUUGAGCUAUGGAACUCGCUGCUGCAGGAGGGCAGGGAUGGCUGCCAAUUGGGGCGUCUUUAAAACAGGACUGGACAAAUUUGUGGAGGAGAAGGCUGAUCAACAGCUGUUCAGCAUCACAAAGGCUCUGCUUUGCCUCCACAGUCGGAGACAGUAAUGCUUCUGAAUUCUAGUUGCGGGAAGCCACAGGAGGAGAGCAUGCUCUUGUAUUCGGGUCUGGCUUGUGGGCUUACCAGAAAAGGCUUCUGGUUAGCCACAGAGAGAACAGGAAAGCUGGACUAUUGGCCUGAUCCUUCAGAGCUCUUUUGAUGUUCUUGUGGCUCUUCUGUCUGUUUUCGGAGAGCAACAUGGACCUGUCUUCUGAAGCAGGAACUGCAGCUGGCCCUUCUCUUUCUGUUCUGUGCACAACCUGUGAGUCUCAUUGGCCCUCUCCCCGGUUUCUUUUUAACUGCUGUGUGGACUGCACUCAGUGAUCCUCCCAGCCUGUACAAAUUCUGCCAAGGCAAAGGACGUUGUUGCUGUUGUUCUUUUGAAAAAAGGCUGUUCCAGGAUUUGGAGCUGCGUAGGUGGAGGACUGGAUAAGAUGGGAAGGCAGAACCAUCCAUCCAGAACUGGCCAAAUCGCAGACGGAACAGCAGCUGGGAAGGUGGUUCCGUAAAGGGAACCACGGCGCCCGGGCCAGAACUGUCAGCUGCAGGAAUACAAGGGGAAACAACCACGAGUGUGUUCAAUGGGGCUGUUGGGCUAAAUGAGAUUGCCCUUGUCCGUCUUUCCAAAAAAACAGAAGAGAGGAGGGCGAAAGAGCAGUGGCAGGACAAGGCAGUCGUCACGCCUGGCACCAUUGAUGAGUGGCUGGAGAAGAGAGCCAAGCGGCUUGGCACAACUCAGACUGACAGGUAAUGCACUCUCUGCAGCUGGGGGGGCGGGGCGCGAGAUUUAGGUGAUGGCAAAGCUCUGCCUCCACAGUUGGAAGCAGCAAUGCGGGAGGGGAGAGUGCUCUUUUAAAAAAAUAAAAAAAUAAAUUUUAUUAGUAUUUUCCACGCAACAACAACACGAAAGAUAUCGAAAAAUAACAAUACACAACACACAAAAAUCAACAUUCGAAAACUAAAGAAAGCAACAACAACAACAACAAAACAAAACAAAAAUCCAUAUCUUGCAAGUUAAUAUUAUAGACACUAAAACAACAACAGCAAGACGUUGACUUCCACCAAUCUCACAGCACCUCCUUUAUCUCUCAUUGCGUCUUCCUGUUUUCCUGUUUUCUUUAUCAUCUCUAUCCUAACAUCUAGAUAUAAAUCCCUCUUUCAUAUCCUUUCACUUCACAAGGUUAUUCCAGACUCAGCCAGAUUUCUGUCCUCGAACCUUGACAUCCCCAGAUGUUGUUGAACUACAACUCCCAUCGCCCCUAGCUAGCAAGGCCAGAGCUCAGGGAUGAUGGGAGUUGUAAUCCAACAACAUCUGGGGACCCACAGGUUGAGAACCGCUGUCUAGUCUGACUCUCCCUGUUUGCAAUAUUGAGAUGUUGACACUGACCCUACCUCACAGGGUUGUUGUUGCAAAGGUUACUGAGUUGUUGUUGGUGUGCCCUGAGCCCUGCAAAAGCUCUGUAGAAAUAUGGAGUCUUGUAGGGUUGUUGUUUUUUUAAUAUAUAAAAGUAUCUGAUUUCCAAUGCUGUGCUUUUCUUCUCUCAGUCCCCUCUCCGAGGAAGAGUCAGUUUUCCAGUAUCCACCUGGUUGGCCUUCGGUCCAGGAUCUUCCACCUUCCCUGCAGGCUCCGCCUCCUGGUGGGUGGCAGGUGCCACCCAAUCUCCAAUGGGGAUGA